ACGGAUUUGGUAAAUAGCGUUAGAAUAGUUUCAGCCUGUUUGAUCGCCAUUUUCUCGUAGUCCAUUGAAAUGCAUAUGUUGAUUAUUCCGUAAAUUUCAAAUAAUUUUUUAUCAAGUCUUGCUUUGGACCGAGAAUAAUUUUAAUCAGAGUAUAUUAAAUCUUAGAUUUUUUAACUUGUCAAAGAAAUAGUUCGUGGUGGUUAGCACAGCCUUGCAAGGUAUAGAACACCAUGUCUUCUCGUAAAAAAGUUCUUUUAAAAGUGAUCAUUUUGGGAGAUAGUGGGGUUGGAAAAACUUCUCUGAUGAACCAGUUUGUCAACAAGAAGUUCAGUAAUCAAUACAAAGCUACAAUAGGAGCAGAUUUUUUAACCAAAGAAAUAAUGGUUGAUGAUCGUCUAGUUACUAUGCAGAUAUGGGAUACAGCCGGCCAAGAACGCUUCCAAUCGCUAGGCGUGGCGUUUUAUAGAGGAGCUGACUGUUGUGUGCUUGUGUAUGAUGUAACAGCCCCAAAUACUUUUAAAUCAUUGGAUUCCUGGAGGGACGAAUACCUAAUUCAAGCUUCGCCUCGAGAUCCUGAGAACUUUCCAUUUGUUGUUAUUGGAAACAAAUUAGAUCUGGAAAACCGAGCUAUUUCAACUAAAAGAGGGCAAGGCUGGUGCCAAAGCAAAAACAACAUUCCAUACUUUGAAACUAGUGCAAAAGAAGCUAUCAAUGUGGAACAAGCUUUUCAAGCUGUUGCCAAAAAUGCCCUAUCACAAGAAACCGAAGUUGAGUUGUAUAAUGACUUCCCAGAUCAAAUCAAGUUGACAAAUGAACAGAAACCCAGAUCAGAUAGCUGUGCUUGCUAAUGUUAAAUUAUGUUUCACCUAAAUGAAUUGGAUGAAAAACUGAUAAGUUUGAGUGUUCAAAAUUUUGAAAUUUGUUAGAAGCAGUGAUUUUAACGUUUUUCUUGCAGACCAUUAAUGGUUUACUAUAGACUGUCCACUUUGUGUAAUCCUUACUUUUUAUUAUGAUGCACAGUUCUAAUGCUGUUUAUUAGGCGAAGAUCUUGCCGCAGUAUGCAUCCAAACAUUCUACCUAUCUAUGCAAAGGAUUUACAGAUUUGUGAAGUUAUUAUUUCUCUUCAUUUGUAAACUAAAGAGAUAUAUUUUGGCAGCAUGUGUAAUUCCAUACAAUGUAGUGUAAAUUCUGUAUAGGAUUUGUAAGUAUAAAGUUCAUGGGUUUUAUAUAUAUGUAUAUUUUACAUGUAUAUAUUAACUAAUUUCUUAACAAAAGUAUAUUAUAACACUAUAGAAAAUGCAUCUGAUUUUAAUUGUUUUAUUCAUAGGAUAUACUGUUAAUGUUCACUGUUUACUCCUUUUCUCAAUGCAAUAAAGUAGUGAACUACAAAUUUGCUUUUAGUGCAGGGCUACUUGGCUUAAGUUUUUUCCUAGUGAUAUCAUUACAAUACUCUUUUGCUUCUGUAUGUAAUUAUGCAAAAUGUGAAACCAUAUUUUCAAAUAUUUACAUGUAUAUUUUAUAAAUAAAGAUUUGCAGAUGAUAUGAUAGUCAAAUAUUCCGUCUGAAUUUUUCCGUUUUUCUUGUUAAUUUCUGAACAUUUCUUCUGAUCUGUAAGUGGCUUAAAAACGAGAAAUUUUUAUCUGGGUGCAGGGUUUGGUUCUUGAAAAUCGUUUUGAAUAUGUAUUAAUUCUGCCGAAUAAAUGCAAAGGUUUCUGCCAAAAGCGUUAAUUACGAAGUCCCACUGUAAUCUUAAUUGGUUAAAAAUUCAUAUUUAAAAGCCAUUACAAGGGUGGUUGUCUACUCUUUAAAAUCCGGUAUCAUCUGUUAUGCUUUAUCUUCCCACCUCAGGAGUAGGGAAUUUCUCAUUUUUUUUAUUAUUUUGAGCCUCUGCUCCAAAU